CUCGCCCCGCCCAGCGCCGGCUCCGUCUCCCUGGCAGUGCUGCAGUCGCGCGGUGGCGGCGGCUCUAGCUUCCGUGCGGUAAGAUGGCGAUGCGAGUGCUGAGCUGUGUGCGGGGCGGUGUGAGGUCGGUACGUGCCGCCGCCAGCCUUCAUAAACCGCCCUGCCGCCUCACCUGGAGGCUGGACUCCGCCAGAGCUUUGGCGACGGGCUCCCGUGCGCUGUCCGCUCGGAAGUUCACAGAUAAACAUGAAUGGAUAUCGGUUGAAAACGGAGUUGGGACUGUGGGAAUCAGCAAAUAUGCCCAGGAGUCCUUGGGGGAUGUGGUUUACUGUGGUCUUCCAGAAGUUGGCACCAAGCUGAAUAAAAUGGAUGAGUUUGGAGCAUUGGAAAGUGUUAAAGCCGCCAGUGAACUUUAUUCCCCGUUGACGGGCGAAGUCACUGAAGUAAAUGGAGCGUUGGCCGACAACCCAGGCUUGGUGAACAAAUCCUGCUACGAGGAAGGCUGGUUAAUCAAGAUGACUGUAGACGUGCCGUCUGAGCUUGAUGAGCUGAUGAGCGAAGAUGCGUACACAAAAUAUGUCAAGUCCAUUGAGGAAUGAUAGCUGUGUGUUGGCUUCCCAGAUUGAUAUCCCCGUGUAGGUUGGGAGUCGGGUGCGGAAGGUCCUCUAUCUCGCGCUGCUGGGACUUGCGCAGCCACGUUCUGUUUUUUCUUUCAUUUUGAGCCGUCUCUCCCCCAGAAGUGUCUUGUGAUUUGAACCAGACAUUAUAGAAGCAGUUUACAGGAAUAUCUUUCUAAACCUCUUCCGCGCCCGCAUCGUUGAUCCGUAUGUCUUAUAGAAUUUAAUUCUUUAAGCUAGCCGACAUAUUUUGAUGUAAUCGUUCAGACACCAGAGGGGGGGGGCAUACUGUUCCUCAGGCAUCUUUAGCAACAGACUGUCUAAUGCUGGAAUGGUUAUCUCCAGUAGGGGAUCGUGAUUUUCAUGCGUCUUCUGACUAUAAUACGCUGUAAUAAAAACGGACUUUUGAACUUGU